AUGAAUGUGUAUAUAGACCACGAAAAGGAACUUGUACUUGAUUGGGCUGAUAUGAAAGUAGUAGAAGAUGAUGAAGGGCAUUAUUCUGAGCAAGACCCGGAUGAUGAUAACGAUUCACAACUUUCUGAUGAUAUUCCAUAUGAGCAUGAAACAAAUUAUUACAUUCCUUCUCUUGACAAGACUAUUGGUGAUGAAUUCUUGCACCGGGUGUCAGGUAUUUGUAAGGAUACAAAUGAUGAGGUUGAAACCAACAAUGGGGAUGACAAACCAGUGUACCUUGUCCAUAAUGAGAACCAGAAAUGGGACAAAUGGUGCCAAUUCUAG